CGGUAGGAGUUGGCCGGUUCCGUCAUUUGAACCUCCAACCUGAAUGUCUGAUUAAGGCCACUCAACCACGAUAGUGUCUGUCAACAUUCUCAUCUACGCAGCUGCGUCAACUUCCUUUUGUCAUCAGCAGCAACACACACUGCUCUAUUAUCGCCCCUCGUUAAAUUCAACUUGACCCAGCUACGGCUUUUCCCUAACGCCCGUGUUGGUUGCUGUCGACCGGCCGUCCUCUCCUUUCCCUUACACCUCCGGGCCUCCGCAAAACCAAACCAGGAUGGCACCUCACGCGACACCACGGACCUCAACGUCUCUGCCCUCAUCGCUAUUCUCCCUCUCCGUCCUCUCCACCCUCCUCCUUACCUUCCCCGCCCCAUCCACAGCCUGGGACUGCAAGGACGUCCUCGCCGACAGCGUCAAGUUCAACUUCGGCCAGCUCGCGGGCGAACACGUCGUGCACUGGGAGGCGGACUCCGACUGGGACGCCCUCACACAAUCAAGCUACAACUUCACGCUCAACCUAUGCCAGAAGCUCGACACCAAGCCCGCCGUCCACUGCCACCCGGGGACGCGAGUAUGCGCGAUCCGCGAGGACAAGUCGCUGGAUGAGACAGGCAACAGCACAAUCCAUCCCAUCGACAUCGCGGGUACGUAUACAUUUGGCGGGAAUGGGAGGAGCAUUGAUGCGAAGACGGAGUUGCUGAGGAACUCGCCGUCGAACGCGGAUGCUGGCAGGGAGGGCGUGAGGGUCGAGUUGCAUGGUGGCAGGUUUCCGUUUGAGAGCAAGAAGGGGUUGGAUCAGAGGGCGAUCAUCGAGUUUGUGUGCGAUAAGGAUAGGACUGGCCUUGAGGGCUUGGAGGGUGGCAAGGAUGGAGAGAAGAAGGAGGAUGAUAAGAAGGAGGAGGAUGGAGGGGAAAAGAAGGAGGAGAAGAAGUUCCGAAAGCGUGAGGACACGUGCGAGGACAGCGACAAUAGCUUGCGCUUCUGCAGCUACAAAUUGGACAAGCUCAAGGAUGGCAAAGAGGUGAAGACCUUGAGGUUGGACUGGCGGACGAAGUAUGCCUGCGAAGAUGCGCCACCAGAGUCUGGAGGGUCUGGAGGAUCUGGAGGCUGGGGUUUCUUCACCUGGUUUAUUAUCAUCCUUUUCCUCGCGAUCGCAUCCUAUCUCAUCUUCGGUUCAUGGCUCAACUACAACCGCUAUGGUGCUCGUGGAUGGGACCUCCUACCUCAUGGCGAUACAAUCCGCGAUAUCCCCUACGUCUUCAAGGACUGGGCACGAAGUGUCAAGGACACGAUGCAAGGGUCUGGUAGUAGAGGAGGCUACAGCGCCGUCUAAUAUCAUCGCGAGCACGAGCGCGCAUCGGCAUCGGCAUGCAUGACCCUCGGGUUGACUUAUGGGGACAAACAAUGCACUUGGGCGUUUUUAUUUCUAUUAUUCCCUUUCGAGAGCGAGAAGAUGUGGAAUUAUCGGACGUCGUGUUUGUCUGAUUGGAUACCUACAGGAGGUCGCAAAUACUCGAUCACUCUUUCCUUCAACUAUCGUCAAUUCUCUAGAUAAGACGAAAAGCUUAUCGCAUGUUUCUUUAGCUUGUAUACUGUUUAGGUGUUCGUAUAGUGGGUGACUACAGGCGCCUGGACUUAUCUCCUUUGCGAUGUGGUGUUGCGAGUUGCUCAAUUGUAUGUAUAUGCUCAUAGACUUUACCAAUCAAUGAAAGAGGAGUACCCGUUG